GUUAAUCUAUUUCUUGUAUCUGAUCUUAUUUCUGAUGACAUGUAUCUGUCCAGGUGUGUGGGCCAACAAGGUUGUAGUUCCUGAGCAGGUGACUGAAGUGCUGGGGAAAAGCAUUACUUUGACCUGCAGGGGGGAGGUCAGCACAAACCUCAGUCUGACCCAGACGUCCUGGGAACGCCAGCUGCCCUCCGGCACCAUCACUUUGGCCGUCUUCAACCCCCAAUAUGGGACCUCCAUAGCUGAUGAGUACAGCAAACGGGUGCACUUCAUCAAGCCCUCAGUGCAUGAUGUAUCCAUGGUCCUGCAGAGUGUGGGAUUUGCAGACACUGGGACCUGUACUUGUAAAGUGGUCACCUUCCAACUUGGAAUCAUGCAAGCAUCCACAACUGUGGACAUUAUGGAGUUGCCACUGACCGCUGCAGCCCACACCACCACGAUCACCACCAAGACCAUCCUGCCUGACACAAGCUUAACCAUCACAGCUCCCAUAAACCAAUGUGCCCACUCCACAGAACCAACCCAGGCCUCUCCGCUGGACAGCAGCCUGGGCACUAUCGUAGGCGCUGCUGUCGAUGGGUUCCUGAUGCUGGUGUUGCUGAUGGCGCUGGCGAGGGCUUUCUACCUGCGUCAAUGUCACACAUUCAGAGGAGUCUACUACACCAAACAGUACACCUGCCCAUCCGACAUGCAAAAAGAGUCGCAACUGCACGUCCUUCAACCCCAUGAACUUCAGGACGUUUAUGGAGAUGACUCGGAAGCCUUGAAGCUCAAACCCAAAGGAGACAUUAUCAAUCCCAAUUAUCCCAAUGACCACAAAGACAUGGAGGGCUGUGGAGACAAACUCAGCCUUCAGAGAGAAGGAACGCAUUACUCCGACCACCACAACCCUCAUAACAUGAACCCCAGUGGGCCACUGCUACACAAUGGCUCCCCUUACCUGCAGGAAAAGUGCUACAAUGGCACAGACAGCGACUACGUGUUUCACAUGGAUGGAUCUGUGAUUUCACGCAGGGAACUGUUUGUUUGAAAAGGCAGGGGAAUUUUAACUCGACAACAAUACUUUAAAA